AACCUUAAGUUUUAGAUAGAUAACUACUGUACAAGCAGCACAUCUGAGUGUUGAACCGAAUAUCGUGUACAUAGGGAGCCAUGGCCGCGCUACCAGCCCUGCUUGCUGCCGUUUCACUUCUCUCUGCCCUCCAACUUGGUUUCUUUGCCAGAAGGGUUGGCAUGUCUAGGAUGAAGCACAGUGUUAUGCCCCCAGCAACCAACGGGCCCCCAGAGUUUGAAAGAACCUUUCGAGCACAUCAGAACUGUCUGGAGUUUUAUCCCCUUUUCCAGGUUGUGUUAUGGACAGCUGGAGUGUUCUUCAAUGAAGCGAUUGCUGUGGUUUUUGGUCUUGCAUACCUCUUUGGUCGACACAUGUAUUUUUUUGGCUAUCAAAGAGCAACAAAAGAAAGGCUCCCAGGGUUUUACCUGUGUGUAGUCCUCUUACUCACACUGACAGGAUUGGGUGCGGCAGGAAUUCUGAACGGGAUCCUCGAUGAAUAUUUCGACAUCGACUUGCCAAAAAAGAUCUUCAGAUGGUAGUGGCACUGCAGUUGGAAUUUCUCCUGUGCAGGCUUAGAUUAUCAUUGUUAAACAGUUUUUUUUUUUUUUGAGGAAAUGUUUUAUUUUAUAGAAAAAAUAACUACAAAGCUUCUGAUGUUGUCUUAUUUGUUAGAAGCAUGAUAAAAUACAACUCAAAUUUA